AUGGAGGGGGAGAGAUGGAGGGGGAGAGGGGGGAGGGGGAGAGGGGGAGAGGGGGGAGGGGGAGAGGGGGAGGGCGAGAGGGGUGAGGGCGAGAGGGGUGAGGGCGAGAGGGGUGAGGGCGAGAGGGGUGAGGGCGAGAGGGGUGAGGGCGAGAGGGGUGAGGGCGAGAGGGGUGAGGGCGAGAGGGGUGAGGGCGAGAGGGGUGAGGGCGAGAGGGGUGAGGGCGAGAGGGGUGAGGGCGAGAGGGGUGAGGGCGAGAGGGGUGAGGGCGAGAGGGGUGAGGGCGAGAGGGGUGAGGGCGAGAGGGGUGAGGUGGAGAGGGGGCAGAGGGGAAAAGGAGCAAGGGCAGAGGGGAAAAGGAGCAAGGGCAGAGGGGAAAAGGAGCAAGGGCAGAGGGGAAAAGGAGCAAGGGCAGAGGGGAAAAGGAGCAAGGGCAGAGGGGAAAAGGAGCAAGGGCAGAGGGGAAAAGGAGCAAGGGCAGAGGGGAAAAGGAGCAAGGGCAGAGGGGAAAAGGAGCAAGGGCAGAGGGGAAAAGGAGCAAGGGCAGAGGGGAAAAGGAGCAAGGGCAGAGGGGAAAAGGAGCAAGGGCAGAGGGGAAAAGGAGCAAGGGCAGAGGGGAAAAGGAGCAAGGGCAGAGGGGAAAAGGAGCAAGGGCAGAGGGGAAAAGGAGCAAGGGCAGAGGGGAAAAGGAGCAAGGGCAGAGGGGAAAAGGAGCAAGGGCAGAGGGGAAAAGGAGCAAGGGCAGAGGGGAAAAGGAGCAAGGGCAGAGGGGAAAAGGAGCAAGGGCAGAGGGGAAAAGGAGCAAGGGCAGAGGGGAAAAGGAGCAAGGGCAGAGGGGAAAAGGAGCAAGGGCAGAGGGGAAAAGGAGCAAGGGCAGAGGGGAAAAGGAGCAAGGGCAGAGGGGAAAAGGAGCAAGGGCAGAGGGGAAAAGGAGCAAGGGCAGAGGGGAAAAGGAGCAAGGGCAGAGGGGAAAAGGAGCAAGGGCAGAGGGAAAAAGGAGCAAGGGCAGAGGGAAAAAGGAGCAAGGGCAGAGGGAAAAAGGAGCAAGGGCAGAGGGAAAAAGGAGCAAGGGCAGAGGGAAAAAGGAGCAAGGGCAGAGGGAAAAAGGAGCAAGGGCAGAGGGAAAAAGGAGCAAGGGCAGAGGGAAAAAGGAGCAAGGGCAGAGGGAAAAAGGAGCAAGGGCAGAGGGAAAAAGGAGCAAGGGCAGAGGGAAAAAGGAGCAAGGGCAGAGGGAAAAAGGAGCAAGGGCAGAGGGAAAAAGGAGCAAGGGCAGAGGGAAAAAGGAGCAAGGGCAGAGGGAAAAAGGAGCAAGGGCAGAGGGAAAAAGGAGCAAGGGCAGAGGGAAAAAGGAGCAAGGGCAGAGGGAAAAAGGAGCAAGGGCAGAGGGAAAAAGGAGCAAGGGCAGAGGGAAAAAGGAGCAAGGGCAGAGGGAAAAAGGAGCAAGGGCAGAGGGAAAAAGGAGCAAGGGCAGAGGGAAAAAGGAGCAAGGGCAGAGGGAAAAAGGAGCAAGGGCAGAGGGAAAAAGGAGCAAGGGCAGAGGGAAAAAGGAGCAAGGGCAGAGGGAAAAAGGAGCAAGGGCAGAGGGAAAAUGGAGCAAGGGCAGAGGGAAAAUGGAGCAAGGGCAGAGGGAAAAAGGAGCAAGGGCAGAGGGAAAAAGGAGCAAGGGCAGAGGGAAAAAGGAGCAAGGGCAGAGGGAAAAAGGAGCAAGGGCAGAGGGAAAAAGGAGCAAGGGCAGAGGGAAAAAGGAGCAAGGGCAGAGGGAAAAAGGAGCAAGGGCAGAGGGAAAAAGGAGCAAGGAUAUCAAGUGAAUAUAUUUGCAUUGAAUACAAAGUUGAGAAAAAUAGCUGCCACGAGUGA